AUGGCGGUCUGGACGGCCAUCCAGACUAGCAAGAAUCAGCGUUAUAUCUUGAACCUGGACAUCUCGGAGAGGCAGAGGAUGAUCAAACUGCGAGAUAAGCCCGAGCCGGGUGACUUAUUCCGGACGAUAAAGCUUAUGGACCGAUUCCAGAAGCUAGGCGAGAAGAAGCGCAAUGAGAGCAUGGAGGAAUGGCUCAGCGAAUAG